CGUUGUCGUUCAAAAUUGCAAUUUUCGCCUAUUUAUACCGAUUUUUCUUAGUCGUUAAAGCGUCUUCCCGAAUUUACGGAAAUGAGUACACGCGUUUUCGUUGGCGGGCUCACCUAUAAAGUGCGCGAAAGAGAUCUGGAAAAAUUCUUCCGCAACUACGGCAGGAUCAAGGAAAUUUCACUGAAAAACGGCUACGCCUUUAUGGAAUUCGAGGAUUACCGAGAUGCCGAGGACGCCGUUUACGAAAUGAACGGUAAGGAUCUUAUGGGCGAACGAAUUACUGUAGAACGCGCUAGGGGUACCCCGAGGGGUAGCGAUCGUUAUAGAGAUAGUAGGGAUUCCAGGGGCUACAACUCCUCGUCGAGGAGAGGCGGCGGCAGAGACAGGGGCGGCGGAGGCGGUGGAGAAUCCAGAGGCCGGGACAAAUAUGGGCCCCCUACCAGGACCAAAUACCAAGUGAUCAUCGAGAAUUUGUCCAGUCGUUGUUCCUGGCAGGAUUUAAAAGACUAUAUGCGUAAAGCUGGAGAAGUAACUUAUGCCGAUGCUCACAAACAAAAUCCCAAUGAAGGAGUGGUCGAGUUUGCCUCCCUUGAAGACAUGAAAAAUGCUAUAGAAAAGUUUGAUGAUACUGAAAUCAAUGGACGCAGAAUCAGAGUAGUUGAAUCAGGAAAAGGUUCUGGUGGCCGUAAGGGCAGCAGGUCUCGUUCUAGAUCUGCACGUCGUUCCAGGUCUAAGGAUGCUUCUAGGUCAAGAUCUAGGUCUCCAAUGAACGACUCGGGAAAGAAGUCUGUAUCUAGGUCCAGGUCUAGAUCCAGGGACUAAAACUGUAUUUUUAUGUUUGCAGUAAAACUCAUUUUCAACUGCUUGAAAUUAGUACUGUUGUUCUGUACUUACUUAUUCUUUUGGUUUGUCUUACUCUUGAUUUAAUACAGUUUUUAUAUGAAUAGUAUAACAAUGAAACCUUACUCCUAGAUUUAAAAAAUUUGUAUCUUCCCUUAGCAUUUAAAUGUAACCAAUGUCUUCUAAUCUAAUAUUCAAUGGUUGCCAACUUAUCUUAUUUGUGUGACUAUUAUUUUUCUAUUUUUACUUUAAAUUAGAUAACGUCAGUAUAUAAGCAGCGUUAUCUAGAAACAUUGAAAUUAAUGUAUUCAUUUUAUUCAAGAAAUAAUUUUUUGGUUUAUUGAUAUAGAUUAGUUUUGAUUAAUAAAAAUAAUCAUUAUAAUUUGUAUAUUAAAAUAAUUUCAUAUUUUGUGUAGGUAUUCAAUCCAAUCCCACAUCCCUAUAUUGAGAGUACAGUUCCCCCCUCGAAAAGGUCAUCAAUCCAGGUACUUGCGCCAACGUCUAAAUGGGUUCCAUUCCAAUUUUGGUGGGGCUGAUCAAACGAUUGUGUACAAAAUUGUAGCUGACCCCAAACUUUAUCUAAACUCUCCAUCCAAGAAGAGGCAGCUGUCCGCAUUGUUUUAAUUCUAUUCCAAUAUAGCCGACAAUAUGGGGUUCCAAAUUUCAAAGUUUCCAAAAAGAGGCCAAUGCAGAGCACUAAAGGGUCCAAAUGCAGUUUCUUAUCUUGACAACAUAAUUUUUGGGUGGUAGUCCAAAAUCCCAUAGUCAAUGCCAAUAAUUCCACAUCUAAAAAAAAAACAGGCCAAAUUCCAAAAAAAAAUGUUCUUGAAGGGCAACACAGCUGCCAUCAAUCCUAAAACAAAACGCUACUAGAAAUUCAAUAGGCACGCCACAUUAAAAGUUCCCUUUUCUCAAGAUGUUCCAAUCCAGAGAGAUGGUCCAUAUUCAAUAAAUCCAAGGUUCCAAUCCAAUCUAGAUGGCGAAGAUCAAUUCAACAAAAAAAAAGCUUCUUUUAUUUGGUUACAAUGGUUACCUAAAUCAACAUGUAGAAGCCCAUGAUCAGCACCUACCCAGCAGAUUAACAUCUAUUUUUAACUGGGGCAUAAAAUAACUAGCUACAUCAUUUUAUUUUAAAAGGUCAUAUAUCUCCGUUAAUAAUGGAUAACUUUUAACUUAUAGAUGGGAGACCCCGAGACAAAAAAAAAAAUUGUAAAAUCGUAGAGUCUCAGAGUCUCAACAGCCCUAGAUGUAAAUUAAAGGUUAUCAAUUAUUUACCAAAGAAGCCCUGAACAUAAUAUGAGUGUAAACUUGAGUCAGCUUCCAAGAUUAUUCUCAUAGCAAUCACAAAUCAUUUGCCAAUAAACUGAAUUUACUUAGGAAUCAUUAAACCCCUAUUUGAUUUGUGAUUGUGUGAGAAAUCUUCACUACUAUUUCUACAACUACCAAGGAUGGAGAUAAGGAGCCAAUCCGGACCUACUAAGCAUUUCAAUUUAAGAUGGAAAAUGAAGCAAGCGAUCCAGAAAAAAAAUGUAACCAUUUU